CAUGGCGGCGCGCUAGUGCCGCACACCAUGCAGAGGUUGUUGUUAAUUUGAGAGGUUGUCACAGAAUUUCUUUAAAUAUGCUCAGCCUGACGAUAAGGGAGGUGUCUGCGGCGCUCAGGGAGGGAAGAAUCUCCCCAACGGAGCUUUGUAGGAAGUGUCUGAACCGCAUCAAAAAAACACAGCAUCUUAAUGCUUACAUCACUGUGACGGAGGAGCUGGCCCUGAAGCAGGCUCGAGAAGCAGAAGCCAGACUGCUGCGAGGUGCCCCCAAAGGUCCUCUGGAUGGAAUCCCCUUUGCAGUCAAGGACAACUUCUGCACAGAAAAUAUCAAGACCACAUGUGCUUCCAAGAUGCUUAACGACUACACCCCGCCCUACAAUGCUACAGUGGUCCAGAAGCUUUUUGACCAAGGGGCUGUCCUCAUGGGGAAGGCCAACAUGGAUGAGUUUGCUAUGGGUGCGGGCAGUACUGACGGGUCUUUCGGCCCGGUGAGAAACCCCUGGAGCUAUGCUGCUCCCUACAGAGAGAGGACAGGGGCAGCGCCCGACUCCGACUGGGUCGUCACCGGAGGAAGUUCAGGAGGAAGUGCUGCCGCUGUGGCCUCGCUCACCAGCUACCUGGCUUUGGGUUCAGACACCGGUGGUUCGACCCGUAACCCUGGAGCACUGUGUGGUGUUGUGGCCCUGAAGCCCACUUAUGGUCUGCUGUCCAGACAUGGUCUCAUCCCCCUGGUCAACUCCAUGGAUGUCCCCGGCAUUAUGACCCGCAGUGUCAGCGAUGCAGCCAUCGUGUUAGGUAUCCUCCAAGGCCAAGAUAUGAGAGACUCAACAACAACUCCUACUCCCUCAUCGCUGACAGAGCUACCCGAACACUUUGAUGUCAAGAACAUCUGUGUAGGCAUCCCAAAGGAGUACCACGCCCCGGGGCUGUCUGAGGAGACUUUAGCGCAAUGGAGUCGUGUUGCUGACAUGUUUGAGAGGGCUGGGGUGCGGGUGAAGCAGGUAUCCCUCCCCCACACCCAGCACUCCAUCGUGUGCUACCACGUCCUGUGCCACGCGGAGGUGGCAUCUAACAUGGCCCGCUUUGACGGCCUAGAAUACGGCCAUCGUAGCGAGGUGGACAGCUCGACGGAGGCCAUGUACGCCUCGAGCCGCCACGAGGGCUUCAACGACGUAGUGCGAGGGAGGAUACUGUCUGGGAACUACUUCCUGCUCAAACAGAACUACGAGCACUACUUUGUGAAGGCUCAGAGAGUGCGCCGGCUGAUCACAGACGAUUUCAAACGCGUGUUCAGCUCAGGCGUCAACGUGCUGCUGACGCCCACCACCCUGGCUGACGCGGCCCGUUACUCUGACUUCACACAGGAAGACAACAGGACGCGCAGCGCGCAGGAUGAUGUCUUCACCCAGCCUGUCAACAUGGCAGGUUUGCCUGCCGUUUCUGUGCCAACUGCUUUAUCAAGCCGGGGCCUUCCCAUUGGGUUACAGCUAAUAGGCCCCGCCCUCCAGGACAAUAAGCUGCUCAGCGUCGCCAGAUGGAUAGAGCAGAGGGUCGGGUUCCCCUCCAUCAGUGACUGUGGAGAUGAGAGCGGGAAUGAAGCGGGAACGGCCAACAGAGAGCAGACUUCAGCUGUAUGAAGAGACCUGUGGACACAAGGAACCCCACUGUUGACAGAGUCGCACAUAAUGGCCUGAAAGUGCCACUCUGAUGGACACUCAUGGCUUGUUCUAUGUCUUUGCAGGACAUUGUUGUUAUCUCUGUCCACUUGCUCCUUGAUGGAAUGAAAAUAAUUACAACAAAGGAUGGACUCCCUGCUCAACAACAUGCAUUAUACUCUUAAGUGCAGGGACAUUGUGUUUAAUCUGUGACCUGCUGCCGUGUGUGUUGUCUGAAGGUGUUGCUAUUAAAUACAUGCAAGAUGGGUGAUCUAUUAAUUGUGAUAUUUAUUAUUCGUCAAUGUCCAUGCUUAGACAGUUCUUAUUGUUGUGUAUUAUUAAAGGCACUGAAAUCGUUUUCAAGCUCAGUCGCCAAAUGACCAAAAGACAUGUGCUGCUUUUCUUUACCUGCAUCUGUUUACCUGGUCAUGCUAGCGGUGUGGCGCUAGAGAUGGCAAUGUCAGUCUCUUGGACAGUGUCACCACUUUGGUCCAGACUGAGAUAUCUCCACCAUUGGAUGGAUUGCUAUGACGAGUACAUUUAUGGUCCUCAGAGGAUGAAGUGAUUGCCUGACUUUACCAUUAGAUUUAUAGUGAAAUUUAAAUUUGUCCACUACUUUGUUUUAUGACUAAAUACCUGCUAAACUCAUGACAUUCCCAUCAGCCUCACCUGCUAAACAUCAGCAUGUUAACAUGACUGUAGGCUUUUGUAUUCAAUUCUAAAAUGAAUAAUUCUAUAUGGUUUUUUUUAAGUGAAUUUGUACAUCAGAUCAUAGCAAAUAAAGAACUUCCUUAUGCUUGUGAGGAAA